GGCCCGGCUUUCGCCCGCUGCUGCCGCCGCCGCCGCCGGCCGCGGCUGCUCUCCCAAGAUGGCGGCUCCUCCGGGCGAGUACUUCAGCGUUGGGAGCCAGGUGUCGUGCCGGACGUGCCAGGAGCAGCGGCUGCAGGGCGAGGUGGUAGCCUUCGACUACCAGUCCAAAAUGCUGGCUUUAAAAUGUCCCUCUUCCAGUGGAAAGCCCAACCAUGCAGACAUCUUGCUCAUAAACUUACAGUAUGUUUCAGAAGUGGAAAUAAUUAAUGACCGAACAGAAACCCCUCCUCCCCUAGCUUCACUCAAUGUUAGUAAGCUUGCCAGCAAAGCACGGACAGAGAAGGAGGAGAAGCUGAGCCAGGCCUAUGCAAUCAGCGCUGGUGUUUCCCUAGAGGGCCAGCAGCUCUUCCAGACCAUACACAAGACCAUUAAAGACUGUAAAUGGCAAGAAAAAAACAUCGUAGUCAUGGAAGAAGUUGUUAUUACACCCCCAUAUCAAGUGGAAAACUGUAAAGGCAAAGAGGGGAGUGCACUGAGCCAUGUACGCAAAAUAGUUGAAAAACAUUUUAGAGACGUGGAAAGCCAAAAGAUACUGCAGCGUUCACAAGCCCAGCAACCACAGAAGGAGGCUGCCCUGUCAUCCUGAGUCCACACACACGGAGGACUCUUCCAGCAUCGAGCCAGCGAGGCGAUGGUGGUGGCUUCGGCGGAGGCAGGCCGGGGGAGGGAAGGGAUCCUAUAUUUCCUGUUGGCUCUUGUUAACAAAGGGUCAGCAUUUCCAAAUCUUAGACUUGAACAAACAAAACACCCAACAAAAAAGAACAAGAGAAUAAUUUAAAAGUUGAAUCAUUACUUGACUAACAGACUUCGGUCCACCAUGUCCUUUUCACAGUCCCCUUCUGGAACAGUCACCUUGUUAAUUUU